GAUGGCUUUCAGCAGUGCCCAGCCCGUUACCUACCAGAACCCAGCUGUCCCUUUCCGCAGGCUAAUCCCAGGGGGUCUCCAGGAAGGACGUAAAAUCACUAUCAAAGGGACCGUUACUCAGUCCAGCGAAAACAGGUUUCAUGUGAACUUCCAGACUGGCAGCUCUGACAACGACAUAGCCUUCCACUUUAACCCACGCUUUGAGGAUGGAGGGUAUGUGGUCAGCAAUACAAAGCAGAAUGGGUCCUGGGGGCAAGAGGAGAGGAAGAAGCCGAUGCCCUUCCAGUGGGGAAAUCCAUUUGAGCUGUGCUUCCUGGUGCAGAGCUCAGAGUUCCAGGUGACAGUGAACAGGAGCUUCUUCUUGCAAUACUCACACCGCGUGCCCUACCACCGUGCAGACACUCUCUGUGUCAAUGGUUGCGUGCAACUGUCCUACAUCAGCUUCCAGUCUGCAGGUGUGUGGGCAGCCUGUGGGAGUCCUCUUACUCAAACAGUCGUCCAAACCGCGCACAGCACCCCUGGACAGAUGUUUCCCAACGCUAUCAUGCCACCUAUGGUGUACCCCAACCCAACUUACACCCUGCCUUUCUUUGCUGCCAUCCCUGGAGGGCUGUACCCAUUGAAGAACCUUUUCAUGACAGGCAGUGUCCUGCCCAGGGCUCAGAGUUUCUACAUCAACCUGCGCUCUGGGGGUGACAUCGCCUUCCACCUGAACCCCCGAUUCAAUGAAAAUGCUGUGGUCCGAAACACCCAGAUCAACAGCUGUUGGGGGUCUGAGGAGAGAAACCUGCCCCAAAAAAUGCCCUUCACCCGUGGCCAAGGCUUCCAGGUGUGGAUCGUGUGUGAAAGCGGCUGCUUGAAGGUGGCAGUGAACGGUCAGCACCUGUGUGAAUACAAGCACCGUGUGAAUGACCUGUGGGCCAUCGACACCCUGGAAGUGGGGGGUGACAUCCAGCUGACCCAGGUGCAGACAUAG